CGUCAGUGCGCUCUCCCUCUCGCCCCUCCUCCUUCCCCUCCGCCCCACCAACAAUGGCGCAGCCAGCGAGGGUCUCGUAAUCCAGGCCGCCCCCGAAUCCCUUCUCGCGCCGCCGUCGCCGCUCGAUCCCCCGCCGCGGCGUCGCGCGAGGCCGCUCCCCACCGGAGGAGCACCGCUCGAGCCACUCUUGCGAGCGUCCCCCCCCCCCACCUGGGGGGGAUUUCGCUCCGGUAAUCCGGAGCCCCGUCGCGGUCAGGAGGGUCGUGCUCGGACUCGCGGGAGGGGAUUAAGCGGAGGGUUUCGAUUCCGAGCUUGGGAUGUACGGCCAAGGAGGGAACUUCAAUCCGCAGUAUCGGCAUGCUGCUCCGCCGCCGCUCCCGCAGCAGCAAGCUGGGGUAACGAGUGGUUUGCCCCAGCAACCAUUACCUCCACCACCGCCGCGAAUGGCACAGUAUCCGCAGCCCCCAGCAAUGGCGGCACCGCCGCCUGGACCGUACCAGCAUGGGAUGCCGCUGGUUCAGAACCAGCACUACCCUUUUGCCCAGAUGCAUCAGAUGCCAAUGCUACCUCAGCAGAGGGGUUAUGCGCAGAUGCCAAUGCCAGGGCCGCCGUCGCACCCACCCCCUCCACAAGCUAUGUAUCAGGCCCAUCCUCAGUACCCCAUGGCAGGGUCUCUCCCUCCACCACCGCCACGGCCGCCAAGCUUUGCUCAGGAGAAUGUGCUGCCCCCAUCUAGCCCCCCACCUCCACCUCCCCCACCACCACCAUCUUCUCCACCUCCUGCGCCCCCUUCUGAAUCCACUGCCCCCAAAACUGGGCAAGCAUCGAACUCAGAGCCAGAAAGAAAAGAAGGUGCCACAUAUGGUGGUCAUGAUCUCAAAACUGAGAAGGCAGCGAAUCAGCUAAUUGUGUCUGAUGACUCGGAUAUGGAUAUGGAUGCUGAUGAGGACUCUCCAUCAAGGGAACAUCAUAGUCCAAUCAAUUCUUCACUUGCAACUGCUGAAUGUACUGGAAAUGAUAAUGCGCCAAAGUCUGUGAGUGAUGUUUCUAGCCUUGGCAAUGGCAGUGUUGGUAAGGCUAAAACUACAGCUGUAACUGUGGAAGGUAGGAGCACAUUCCAAUUAGUUCAAGCCUAUACCUCAGAUGACAGUGGAGAUGAGGAUGGUGUUGGUGCUGCCAGGAACCUUGUGGCUGAAAAUAAUGAGUCUGGUCAUUCAAUUGAUACAAGUUCAAAUAUUGGCCAUCGGCUACUUACUGAAGCUGCUCCUUGCUCUGAGAAAAUUUUGGAGGCUCAAGAACAUCAGCUCAUGAAUAAGUGCAAUCCAGUGAAACAUGAUUCAGAUGAACUUGGGCAUCUAGUCAAAGAAGAUAUGAGUGGCAAUGAUUCUGAUAGAGGGCAACAGACUAGAAGGCAUGGGAGGAGCCAAUGGAAACGAAGUCGUGUCCAGUCACCUCAGGGCCAGAGGAGCUGUAGCCCUCCGUCCAAAAGGUACCAAACCAUCUUAUUACCUGGAAGGCAAAGCAGUUCCCCGCUUGGUAAGCGGGCUAAUCGGGUGGGCCACACUUUCAGGGAAGAACCUGGCAUCAAGCUUGGCAAGGAUGGAUUCUACAACGACAAGCAUGAUUGCCCUGCAAAAGCUGCGACUGCAUUUGAGAUCCAUCGUUCUGGAGAGGGUAACAUUUCAGGAGAUAGAAUAUCUGAGCAAGAGGACCCGGUGAGAAUAAAGUUGAACAACUCUUCAGAUCAUUUAUAUGGCAGUGAGCGAGUGAAUGAUGCAUCUGUUGGUUCCCUUGGACAACAUGGCCAUGGUGUAGCCUUAAUUUCUGGACCUUCUGAAUCAAUGGCUUCUUCUGCAAAUGCGUCUGAUCCUCAUAAGAUGCAAAGGUCAGGCCAUGCAUCCAUACCUCAACCAGACAUGGAUAAAUCUUCUCUGGCUGCUCAUCAAAGUCUUGCGGGUCAAUCUCCAGGAAUCCCAUUUGCAACAGUACAUGCUACUGAGAAGUCUAUGACGUGUGAUGUGCCCCAGUCUCAUUCUCAGAAUUUAUGUCCUCCUGCUCAGGCAACAUCUGGUUUGAGACCAUCCCAUAUACCAUCCUCAAAUAUGACCCCACUCCCUGGGCAACAAUUACUAUCAAGUUCCGAAUUUCCUCAGAUGCACUUCCAGCCUAAUGUUAUGGUGCCAGCUAAUGAGUUUCUGCAGAGUCAGAUGCAAACCUAUCCUGCACCAGAUCUGUCUCAUCCUAGACCAUUGGAUUUCCAUCCUCAUACUCUCCAGCCAGUUGUCCCUUCUCAUCUGCAGCCUGCUGCCAUGGUUCACUCCUCUUUCCAAAGAUUACCACCAAAUCUACCUGGAAGUAGUGACUUUGCUGCUAUAUCUGAUACUGAUCUUCCUAAAUCAUCUAUUAAGCCCCACUACAACCCUUUUGCAUCUACCUUUGAACAAACAGAUCCAAGUCUAAAUAUUGGCUGUGAUGUUAUACCAAAUGCAGUUGGGUCUGCUUCAACAAAAGCAGCGGACCACAUGGGUGCUCUGUCUCCUUUUGGUCUGUCAGUUCCUGGAUCUGGAACUCAUGCCCGUGAAAAUUCUGCAGAAGUUGUUUCCAGUCGGAGAAAGCAACCUCGUCGUGAAUUUACUUCUAGCGCUCCUUAUGAUCCGCUGCUCGACAGUAUUGAGCCCUCAAGCAGUUCAAUCAACAAAAUGGAUCUUGGUCGAGAGGCCAAUCUGAGUGCUACCGAUCGUAAUGCAUCUAAAAUUGUUAACAUAGAAGUGGAGAGUAAAAAUAUGCAUGGGCUGGGGCUUGUUGCUGAAUCAGAAGUUGAAGAAUUUGGAGAGGUGGCAGCUGAUACUGAAGCAGGUGUUGUGGAGAAUUUAAGUCCUGAGCCUUUGGGUGCAAAAGACUGGAGCUCAGAUAUACCCGGUGAUAUUGACAAUGAUGAAUCAGUGGAUAAAACUAAGAGGACUAAGGAUUCCAGAUCCAUGAAGCUAUUUAAGGCUGCUAUUGCAGAUUUUGUUAAAGAAGUUCUUAAACCAUCAUGGAGGCAGGGAAACAUAAGCAGAGAGGCUUUCAAAACUAUUGUCAAGAAAACAGUUGAUAAGGUUUCCAGUGCUGUUCCUAACAAUCAUAUUCCAAAAACACCAGCCAAGAUCAAGCAGUACGUCCAAUCCUCUCAAAAGAAAGUGACCAAACUUGUAAUGGGGUAUGUUGACAAAUAUGUGAAGCUAUAGCUGGAUCAGUAAACGGGACUAUGAAGUGGAGCAAUCAGAACAGUCUCCUUUAUCUGUUGCAGAAUUCGAGAUGGAUAUGGUACGAACCUAUGAGCUGUGUAAUGUUAUUUUGAACCAUCAAUUUGCAGUAAGUAAUCUCUUACCAUAAGCAAGAGAUUAUGGGUAAUAGUUCUGCAGGAAUAGCUGUAUCUAUCAGAAAACCACGAAUUUGCAUUGGAACGAUUGCUGCCUAGUCCUCAGAGCCUUGUAAGAUGUAUCUUUGCUCCACAGUUCGUUUCUUUUCCUUAUGAGAAGUUUGCUCUACUGUUUCACCAUCAUUAGGAAAGUGAUAGUAGAACGAUCUUUUCUUUUCUUUUCUUUUUUUUGCUUGUCUUCCACUGACUCAUGAACGUACUGCUGAAAAGAAUUCUAUUUCUUGAAGGUAAAUGUAAAUGAUUUAAUCUAAUUGGUUACUAUAUUAAGCGAGUUCAUGUCUGAUUUAGCUAAGAUCUCACUUAGAUUUACUGCAGUCACUCUCAACCUGUAUUGAUAUAUUUACAAGUUUUAAUAAGCAUGCGAAUUUGAC